AUGUCCCCUGCAUGUGUCCAAGAAGAAAGUGAUGGAGGAUUGUUACAAGAAAGUGAUGGAGGAUUGUUAGAAGAAAGCGAUGGAGGAUUGUUAGAAGAAAGUGAUGGAGGAUUGUUAAAAGAAAGUGAUGGAGGAUUGUUAGAAGAAAGUGAUGGAGGAUUGUUAAAAGAAAGUGAUGGAGGAUUGUUAGAAGAAAAAGAAAGUGAUAGAGGAUUGUUAGAAGAAAGUGAUGGAGGAUUGUUAGAAGAUAGUGAUGGAGGAUUGUUGGAAAAAAGUAAUGGAGGAUUGUUAGAAGAAAGUGAUGGAGGAUUGUUAGAAGAAAGUGAUGGAGGAUUGUUAGAAGAAAGUGGUGGAGGAUUGUUAGAAGAAAGUAAUGGAGGAUUGUUAGAAGAAAGUAAUGGAGGAUUGUUAGAAGAAAGUGAUGGAGGAUUGUUAGAAGAAAGUGAUGGAGGAUUCUUAGAAGAAAAAGAAAGUGAUGGAGGAUUGUUAGAAGAAAGUGAUGGAGGAUUGUUAGAAGAAAAUGAUGGAGGAUUGUUAGAAGAAAAUGAUGGAGGAUUGUUAGAAGAAAGUAAUGGAGGAUUGUUAGAAGAAAAUGAUGGAGGAUUGUUAGAAGAAAGUAAUGGAGGAUUGUUAGAAGAAAGUAAUGGAGGAUUGUUAGAAGACAGUGAUGGAGGAUUGUUGGAAGAAAGUAAUGGAGGAUUGUUAGAAGAAAGUAAUGGAGGAUUGUUAGAAGAAAGUAAUGGAGGAUUGUUAGAAGAAAGUGAUGGAGGAUUGUUAGAAGAAAAAGAAAGUAAUGGAGGAUUGUUAGAAGAAAGUAAUGGAGGAUUGUUAGAAGAAAGUAAUGGAGGAUUGUUAGAAGAAAGUGAUGGAGGAUUGUUAGAAGAAAGUGAUGGAGGAUUGUUAGAAGAAAGUGAUGGAGCAUUGUUAGAAUAA